GCGCUGUCGCCAGCUCGGCCUCUCCCUGCCCGCUGUCCCGGACCCUCCGCUGCCCCGGACCCCCCUCUCGCUCCCGGCACAGAGGAAGCUCCGGUGGCUCCGUGCGCUCCCUCGGUGCCUCCGCCCGCCCGGUGCUCGGGGCUCGGCAGCGGGAAGGAGGAAAGGCAAAGGCAGGGCGGCCCUGCAGGGCGGGUGGCGGCCGGGGCGACAUGGGCAGCGCCGAGGAGGAUUAUAACUUUGUCUUCAAGGUUGUGCUGAUUGGUGAGUCGGGAGUGGGCAAGACAAACCUGCUGUCUCGUUUCACCCGCAACGAGUUCAACCACGACAGCCGCACCACCAUCGGCGUGGAGUUCUCCACGCGCACCAUCCUGGUGGGAGACGCCGCGGUCAAGGCUCAGAUCUGGGACACGGCGGGGCUGGAGCGCUACCGCGCCAUCACCUCCGCGUAUUACCGGGGGGCUGUGGGUGCUCUGGUGGUGUUUGAUAUCACCAAGCACCAGACGUACGACGUGGUGGAUCGCUGGCUGAAGGAGCUCUACGACCACGCUGAGGCCAGCAUCGUUGUCAUGCUGGUGGGGAACAAGACCGACCUCGCACAGGCUCGAGAGGUGCCCAUGGAGGAGGCCAAAAUGUUUGCAGACAACAACGGGCUGCUGUUUGUGGAGACCUCGGCGCUGGACUCCACCAAUGUUGAGGAAGCAUUCGAGACCAUCCUGAAGGAAAUCUUCCACAAAGUGCAGAAGCAGAAGCAGAGGAGCAGCCAGAGCAACACGGUGUCACUUGCCAGUGAGAGCCCUGCGAGCACAGCCCCAGCACAGGCAGAGAGGCGCCCGUGCUGCGUGGCCCUCUGAGCACCCCAGCACGUCCCCAGGGACCCCCACAAGCCCGGGACACACCAGUGGCCCCCAGCACCAGCUGGUGCCACCCUGCCCGCAGUGCCACCCCUGUCCUGGCGCAGUGGGGUCCAGCAGCCUGGACAGGGAGGGGUUAAAUUGUGCCAUAAACAGCGAGAAGCCGCAGUUCCAGGAGCUCUGUUGCAUUUUUGCUGGGCCCCGAUUAGCAUCACCAUUGUCACCAAUUGUUUCAGCCCUUCUGGACCUGCAGGGCAAAAUGACCAGGACACCCUCUGGGGAAGGAGCCAGGAGGUUCUGGGCAGGGUCGUGCCAGCAACAGGAGCAUCUCUGAUUAUCUGUGGCUCCUGUAGGGCCACCCUGUGCCCUGCACGGAGAUGAGGCUGCCCUGCAGGUGUCUGUCCCACCAGGGACUGCUCUGGGGUGUGAAGUGGCAGCGCUCAGCCCUUGGCUGUCCCGGCAGGGCCCGGUGCCACGGGGCAGGGAGCAGCUCCGUGUCCAGCAGGGGCGUGACACAACCAUUA